CCACGUCGCGCAAAAGCAGCCGGAGGAGGAGGAGCAGAGGCGGCGGCGGCGGCGCUGAGGAGACCCGGCUGCUCGCCGGCAGCUGCUGGAGCCGCCCAGCCGCCGCCAUGAACUCCAACAACCGCACCGAGAGCGACUGGCAGGGACUAGUGAGCGAGUAUUUGGUGUGUAAAAGGAAGCUGGAAAGUAAGAAGGAAGCACUGCUAAUUCUUUCCAAAGAGCUGGACACCUGUCAACAAGAGAGAGACCAGUACAAGCUUAUGGCUAAUCAGCUACGGGAGAAGCAUCAAUCACUGAAAAAGAAAUACCGGGAACUGAUUGACGGGGACCCAUCUCUUCCUCCUGAAAAAAGAAAGCAGGCUAAUCUUGCCCAACUCCUGAGUGAUUCUCGGAAUCGAAAUAAGCAUCUGGGAGAUGAAAUCAAAGAACUUGAGCAGAGGCUGGGAGAAGUCCAAGGGGACAACAAGCUCCUUAGGAUGACGAUUGCUAAACAAAGACUCGGAGAUGAGGAGGUUGGGGCGCGCCACUUCGCACCACAUGAACGUGAAGACCUUGUCCAGCAACUGGAGAAAGCACGAGAACAAAUUGAGACUCUGCAGCAUGAUCUUCAAGCAGCAUUGGAUGAACUACAGGAUGUAAAAGAGGAGCGCUCUUCUUACCAAGAUAAGUCCGACAGAUUAAACCAGGAGCUUAACCAUGUUCUAGGAGGACAUGUAAACCGCAUUAUCGAUAUUGAUGCUCUUUGUAUGGAGAACAGAUAUCUUCAUGAGAGAUUAAAGCAAAUUCAAGAAGAGGUCAACAUUCUCAAAUCAAAUAUUGUAAAGUAUAAGAAUGCACUAGAGAGGAGGAAAAAUUCCAAGUCUCACAGCAAGUCAAAUAGCAGUGCACUAACUGGAGUCCUUUCUGCUAAGCAAGUCCAAGAGCUGUUAUCAGAGGAUCAUGGAUGCAGCCUACCAGCCACACCACAGUCCAUUUAUGACCUUAAAUCUUUGGCUACUGCUUUACUGGAGACAAUCCAUGAGAAAAACAUGGUCAUUCAGCAUCAAAGGCAAACCAACAAAAUCUUAGGCAAUCGUGUAGCAGAACUGGAGAAAAAGUUGAGGACUUUAGAAGUCUCUGGUUUGUGGAGUCUUCCAGGUGGCAAGGAUACCAUUACAUUCAGUGACCCCGCUAUGCCUGUUAUCCAGAGGUCUCAAUCACCAUUGCUAUCUUUCGCAGAUAGGCCACAGCAGAAGACAGAAGAAGAAACCAGAGAACAAGAGGAAACAUGUGCUGUUAAAACAGAAUUGACACUUCCAGAGAAAACGGCUGUAGUUUCUGAUGAUUCCUGCACAAACCAAAACAACGGUAACAAAACCAAUCAUUUUCAUCCAUCAUUACCCCAGUUUCCUUCUGAGGAAGACGGUGCAAAUGGGUUUGGGAAUGAAAUCAUUAAGCUGACAGUGGAGCAGGCAGCUGCAGAGCUGGAAGGGAGCAGAGCAGAAUGUUUGACAGAGAGCCAGGCAGCAGGUCAGCCAGAGCUCAGCAGCUCAUCCGAAGGCGAAUCCCCCUUGCCCAGCCCUCCUCCCUUUGACUCCACAGAGCCCUGCAACCUGGGGGAGAACAAACACGCCAACGAGAACCAGGCCGUGGAAGAAGAGACGGGAACCUCGGAAAGUGACACUGAGAAUCUUUGUGACAAAAAGGAUGAAAGCAGCGACACAGUGAAUGCCGAGGAGGAUGAAAAGCAAACUCUCCCAACUCCAGAUUUCAGGGACAGUCCAGAUAAUGUACCUGCAGCUGUGACAGUUAUAGACGGUGCUCCUGAUCUGGGCUCACCGUGACUCUUUUUGACCGUGGCAUUGUUUUCUGAAAGGAUGUGUCCCCAGUCUCAUCAAGCUUCUCCCAGCCGCCUCCUUGUUUGUCUGUCGAAAGAUCCCCUAACACACACACACACACACACACACACACACACACACACACACACACACAAUGCACCCAACACUUCGGUAUGUUUGUACAUACAGAUCCUAGAGAAAUGUGGGGGGGAAAGGAGCAGGACUAAAAUGAUGGCUUUCAGAAUUUUGCCCUCUGCUAUUUGCUGUGAUUAACGUUAUUUGAUAGAGUGACAUAAUUGAGAAUAAUGGGACUCAGCACCCCAUCAUUAUGCUUUAUCACGUCAGUUACAUCUCUGUCUCUUUAGUAUGUAUAAUUUUUGGUGCAGUGCCUGUUUGAAUGUAUCUUAAGAGCCUGGAACAUCAAGAGGGAGGGGGGGGGAGAGUUGCCUUUGGUGAAGCCGACAGAAUCAGAAGUGGUAAAACAAAAAGGCUUCAAUGAACGAGCUUUUGGUUUCUCAGGGUGGGGGUGGGUGAUUAUUCCUGGCACACACAGUUUAAUACCAAAACAGAAAAUUGCCUUGAUAUAACUGGUGGCUGUACAGACACAGUGUCUGGUCAUCGGAUUAAUUACUUACAAACACAUAGCCUAUUUUGCUGUUUCUAUUUUGAAUAAGCUUUUUCCAGUAAGUACUAAGGCACAACAGCGUAUUGACAAGGCUGGCCUUGCUGGCCAUGUAUGCACUAGCACCCCUCCUUCCCCCUGAUCCUGUCCCAUCUUCCUUGCAAACACCGAGCUCUCCCUCUCUUUCUGUCCCCCACCCCCUUCACUUCUCUCUACUCUGCUGCAACUUCAGUUCUUGACUUCCCGCAUCUCUCUCAUGGCUCAUACUUUGGGUUGUAUCAAAUGGGAGUUCGUCUGGCCUAGAAAUGGAAGUUGAACUCCUUCCAUGUCAGAAUGACGUCUUUUUGAGCUUAAACCAGGGAAAAGCUGGAAGCCGGAUGCCUUCUCUGCUUUCGUUUGAGCAGCGUUUAAACUCCAAGUGUACACCUGUGCAGAAGGGAAGUAUAUAUUUUUCUUUCCCUUCUGAUCCAUUAGCCUUGUGGAUAAUAGUUGAAAUUACUCUUUUUCCGUAGCCAUUUUCUCUCUUCAAUUCUUCCCAUGGUGGCAAUCAAUUAGCUUCCAGUGGGAGAGAGUCUUUAGGGCUUCCUGGGCCUGCUGAGCAAAGCUUUCCAUAGCCUACUUCCACUGAUUCUGAAGUGUUUCCUUGCAGUUCCUGGUAGGACAAUGGCUGUGUAAUAUUUAUUGUGGAUAUUUUGCAGCUGUGGAGCUAAAGGGAGGCCUGAUUUUUUGUGUUUUUUGGUUUGCCCUCCCCUCCCCCCCCCAAAUAAGAAACAAUCUCAGCAGCUGUAGAGCUUGUCUGGGCCUCCAGCCGUAGAGGCAAUUUUCCUGCUGGCUUGGGAACCUAAUUGCCUGUAAAUGUUCAUUUCUCACUCCUAGAACUUAAAACCAAUUGGAGAGGGGAUUAAUCCAAAUUUAACAAUGCUGCUCAUAAGAAAGGAGGGAAAUCCUUCCUGUAUUGAGCCUUAGUUUUACAAAAUAAAUACCUGCCAGCUGCACAUUGUUACUGGUUGCUUGUUAGCAGGUUGGUGCUGGAAGCAGUGGCAGACCCAACCUUUGAAAGUCAGCUGAGCUAGAUAGCAAGUGUCGCUUCGACGACAUGACUCCAAGUGGACAAGAAGAUUGUACCCCAGGCUUGGAACCAAGAGGAACCCUGAAAAGAUCUUCCAGAUUCAGGAUCCUCCAGCCAGCUGGAACAAUUACUGGUUCUAACAAAUGUUUGGCUGCUAGAGAAACCCCAUUUGAUCUCUCUCUCUCUCCCUCUCCCUCUUUCUUCUUCCAGUACAGCAAGGGAACAAGGUAGUCAUUAGGCGUCUUAUCUACAGUACAGUAUGUGGAGACUCCUUUUAGGCCAAAGAUUGUGGAACGGUUCCACAUGGACACAGAACAAAUGACAGCAUUUUCAAAGCAGGAGAGUUUUGUUUCAAUCUUUCUUUACUUUUUCAACCCGUUAGUUUCUCUGUUCCAAAAGGAAAGGGGGGAGGAGGAGGAGAGACUCUGCAGUAUUCCUUUAAUACUCCCUUGAUCUUGGGCAUUGCACCACUCUUCUAUUUGCAUCCCAUUCUUUUUGAGCAACACUGGUUUAUUCUAAAUUAAAUGCUUUUGUCUCUUGCAUUAAUAUGAAAAAAAGUUGAACCAUUUAUUAGUUUGCAUAAUUUCAUUCCUCAUAGUGCAGUGGAAGAGAAGGGGGGGGAUUACGUUAUCUCUUGAAUUUGUGGUACUGUUGCUUUUAUUGAUAGUAGCUGACAAUGUUAUCGACUCAGCACAGUGUUUGUGCUUUUAUUGGUAAAAUAACAGAUAGCCUUAUUGUCUCGAUUUGUUGUUAUAGGAAUGACAAAACUGAUGCAGUGGGAAGAGUAAUGAAUAUGCACCAAACUUAUGAAUAUGAAAUUCUGGAAUUUUGCUCAUCAUAAAUAAGACAUUCCACAUCCCAAUAUUCAUUUCAAAGAUGUAUAUUUCUUUCUGGUUUUGUCACAGCCUUGAUAAGGGCUACAGCUAAUGCUGAUGAAGUCCUAGUGCAGGAAAAAAAGCUUAACGUAAACAAGUUCACACCAUAAAUGACCAAUGUUUUGCAUUGCUUUAAGUUAUGGAGUGAGGGCUGCCAGUUGCAUUUUUUAUGUAGCAUCUAGUUUGGAGCCCAGCUGUGCUAGUGGAAAUGUUUGCAUUUGAGCUCAGUAGCUUCCGGUGAGCUGGAAUGAUGCUAUCAUAGGGAGAGAUUGAAUUAAGGUCAUAUAUGUGUAAAAGCAAAAUACAAGCCAGAAGAAGCAAGUCAGUUUUUAAACAAUGCAUGUAGCUAUUAAGGUAUUAGUAACAGAUAGGCUGCUCCCUAAAAAUAAACAUUCCUCGGCCCCGUGAUCUAAAAACUUCAGUAACCAAAGAGCAGGGGGUGAUUCAGAGACUACUUUCGCAGUUGCAAAGAGCCACAGGGGGGUACAGCAGGUUAAGCGAUAAUUCCCAGACCCAGUCACUAUCCAAAUCUAUGAAGUAGCAAACUUUUACAGCAGGGGGCCGGUCCACUGUCCCUCAGACCUUGUGGGGGGCCGGACUUUAUUUUGAAAAAUAUAUAUAUGAAUGAAUUCCUAUGCCCCACAAAUAACCCAGAGAUGCAUUUUAAAUAAAAGGACACAUUCUACUCAUGUAAAAACAUGCUGAUUCCCGGACCAUCCGCGGGCCGGAUUUAGAAGGCGAUUGGGCCGUAUCCGGCCCCCAGGCCUUAGUUUGGGACCCCUGAAGUAGCCCCACUCUUUGCUUCACUUCCAGUGUUGCCACUCACUGUAACUAUGUGUAAUCUUAUAUCUAGACUUCUGGUGAUGGCAGAUUUUUGGGUUUUUUAAAUCAGGCAAUGUGUUAUAGCUGAAUUCUUGUCAAUAACACUCUUCCUGGUUUACUUUCUCCCCGUUCUUCUGCUCCUCCAAUUCCAAUUUUUGAUCUGCCAGCUUCCUUAACCAUUUAAAGGUCCAGUGGGGCAGACUGAUAAAAGUGUUGGUACAUCCAAUGACAUCUAGUUUAGACCUAACUUUCAGUCCCACACAUGUUUACUCAAGUAAGUCCCCCUGUGCUCUCUAGGGCUUACUCCCUACUGUGCUUACAGUAGCAGCCUUCAGCCUCAAAGAUAUUGGCUUGUUUAUCUGAGAGCAGCACAGUUGAUGCUAUUUAUUGCAGAGGCUCUUAUGAGUAUCAGUUGUGCUUCCUUGUUGGGACCUAACUCUUUGCUAUCAAAAAUCCUAGGGAGCUUUCCUGUUUGUUUUUGAUUGCCAUUUGCACAGGUUAUAGUAUUGCAGCUAUAUUCAUUUAGCUCCUGGCUGAAACCAGUACGUGGCCCCAUAAAUUUGCACUUGCAUCUAUAUAUUUUUCAGUUGCAGAAAACAGUGAAUGCCAAUGGUAAUGAAGCCCGGACGUCUGGGUACAAGAGCGCCCAUUCCCCUUAUCUUGUGGCAUAUAAUUGCAGGUGGUUGGACUAGAUGACCCCAGGGGCACCCUUCCAACGCUAUGAUAAUCACCUUUGAACAUGGAAGUGCACCACAGUGGAUCUACAUAUUAUUUAUACAUGCCAAGUUCCCAACGUCCCGUUGCAACCUAAGCUCUAUUCCGGCAUUUGUGCAAUGAAGCCCUUCUCAUACUGGAAGGGAGAGUUCCUGUACUUGUAAAAACCUCCCUGCACAAUUUAUAGCUUGCACUGGGAAUUACAGCAGGCUCUCUGUUUGCAGGCCUUUGUCCUCCAGUGUGCGGUGUGGAUGCAGUGAAGAUACUGCAUCCAGCUUGUGGGGGGGGGGGAGCUUUAGCCUGCUCCACCUUAACCUUCCUAGUGUGGCUGAAUUUCUCCCAUAAAAUGAGUAGCUGCCAUUCUCUUUCAUGGGGGGGGAUAAGCUCUUCACACGGGGGACAUGGAUACGAUGAAGACUCUGAGAGUGUUCACUCAGUGGGGGCUGUGGGGUGAACACUGCCGUUCAUGAUAGAAAAAAUUAAAAUCCAGUUUCAAAGGUUCGGUCCAGUUCGACCAAGAAAGAGACAGAACCCGGCAUAGGGUCUGCGAUUAUCAGGCUUCAGCUGUAAAAUGAAAUAAGUCUAGUCUUAUGAUUCUGAACAAGGGAUCUGCUCUGUAAAGUUCUUCUUGGCUUUUUGUUUCUUUCUCUCACUAAGACUCGUUUUUCAUUUUUAUCAGUUCUGGAGGCUCUCAGAAAUUAAGACUCCUUUCCUAAGUUCAGCCAGGUGUUUCUUUAAAGCUUUUCUUUUAAGGAUUCCCUCGCAUCCUUCUGCAAAAGGCAAUGAACUCUGUAAUGUCGGGGGGGGGACCCAAAUGUUACAUUUUAAGACUCUUUUAUGUUAAAAAGGUGUUUGAUAAAUGAUUCAGUAGUGCAAAUUUUCAAUGGUCAUGGAAACAACCUCUGUUUUUGAAGGAAAAAACAGUCUUUGGGUAGUGGAGGCUAAUUUUAUGUUGUUGUUGUUGUUUAGUCGUGUCCGACUCUUCGUGACCCCAUGGACCAUAGCACACCAGGCACUCCUGUCUUCCACUGCCUCCCGCAGUUUGGUCAAACUCAUGUUCGUAGCUUCGAGAAUUUUAUGUACAGGGUGUUUUAUAUAAUGCAUCAGAAGUUUUUUUUUUAAGUCAAGAGCUCCCAAGAAUGUAUUUUAAUAAAUCAGGUGGAAAUGUUUUUUUAAAGAACCUUAAAUACAUUAAUUGCUUUAUAAAAUUCUGCUGCUGAUUAAUAGUUUCCUUUAAAAAUGUGUAUUCUAUUUAUUUGCAGGCCUUGCUUUCAUUGCAAUCCUGUCCUCAAGUAAUAUAUAUAUUUUGUCAAUUGUAAUAAAGACAUUUCCUAAUAUAUUUAUCUAUAUUUUGUGUUGUUUUUAACUUCAUUUUUAUAACAUGACUCACUUGGUCAUAAACUCAUGUGCAAGGCAGCUGCUGGUGUACUUUUCAAGGGCUUUGUCCAACUUCAGUACAAAUAGCAAGGGGAGAGUAUUAUGAGGUGGGUAUACAUGUUGUCUUUUGACAUUUACUCCACAUGCUGAAGCAUCAACCCAAUUUUUAGUUGCCCUCGGCUCUCACUUGGUAUAUAGUUUGACUGCAGGAUUGUGGCCACAAAAGAUCCAGGCAACAGUGGGGUUUUAAUUCAGAACCUAUCCAAGCAUCCUCACAUAUUUAGAAAAUUGUGGUUCUGUUAAAAUAUAUAUAUAGGAAGAAAUGUAAGCCACAAUAGCUUAGAACAGGCACGUCCAACAAGUAGAUCGUGAUCUACCGGUAGAUCACUGGACAUCUGUGGUAGAUCACUGGUAGAUCACUGGCUCCCCCAAAGAAGCUCAACAACUUUGGCUCCCCUAAUAAAAGCUCAAUUCUUUUGCCCUGCACCCCCAAAUGACAGGGCUUCCCUUCUCCCUAAAAAAUGCUCAUCAACAACUUUGACCUGAAUGCCUUAAAUGGGGGCUUUCCUCCUCCCCAAAAAAGCUCAACAACUUUGACCUGAACCCCCCCCCAAAGGGGUAGAUCACUGCCAGUUUUUAACUCUAAGUAGAUCAAAGUCUCUUGGGAGUUGGCCACCCCUGGCUUAGAACAAAGUUUAAGAAGUGGUGUGUAUUUGUCAGAUCAAUGGCCAAAUGUUUUAAGAGAGAAACACGUACACCAGUACAUACUAAAGUUAAUAUUUUUCCCAGUUUGCUUGUCCUUGAAUUUGUCACUGGAAAAACUCGUUGAUUUUUUAUAUAUAUAUAAAAAGAACAAACCUUGAUUUUUCCCUCUGAAGGCUUGUCAGAAACUUUUUUUCAGAACUGCAAAAACAACAACUUCUGGAGUGAAAAAUAUAUUUUGCUCUAUUUUAUUAGUUCAGUACUCUCAACAGCUGCACAAAACUACAAUGCUGUGCUUCUGUGGCAUAUUCAUGGCAUCUUUUUCACUGUUGAAAGCAUGCAGAAAGAGAUUCUCUCCCCCCCCCCUUGAUUUAUCAGCAUUGCACAAA